AUGUCGAGUAUAGACAGCAAGGCGCCGCAAGAUGCCGUUCAGGAGGUCGGUCCUGCCGAACGCGGCGUUGUCGCUGCCGAGGACCCCGUCGACGAUCCCAUGCUGAACAAGAUGCCGCUCGAGGUGUACAUGUGGUACGCGGAGCGUGAGCGACAGCGGGAGCGCGACGACCCUCGGCCGAUUCCGGAUUCGCCGUGGACCAUUGCCUACAAGCGACUCACGGGGCAGAAAGCUAAGAUUGUCGUCGCGCACGAGCGACCAGAGCUAGUCGAGGAGUCGGAAGGACUAUGGACCAUGCUGUGGAAGCGCGCAUUUCGGAAACGUCGAGCCGCUGCUACGCCGACACCAGCUCCGACGCCGGACGAGCCGGAGGAGCUCCUCGCCUCACUGCCGGGUACGACUGACUCGGGAGAUCGCAGCGGAGCCUCUGCCUCGCUGGAGAAGGAGCGGCAGCCGAUCUUCACCGAGCGCGAUAAACAGUCGGCGUACUUGCUCCUGCGCGUUGCGAGCUGGCAGCUCGUGUUCUACAUGAUCUGCUGCGACGUGCUGGGAUGGUACACUGCGCCGAUGGCAUUCCGCGAACUCGGUUACGGACCCGGCGUGCUCGUGUACACGGGCUUCUUCAUCAUGGCGUUUUGCAGCGGCCAGAUCCUCUGGCGCAUGUACCUCGCCAUGGACAGCGAGCGGUAUCCUGUCAAGUGCUAUGCCGACCUCGGCGAGCGCACUUACGGGCCUGUCAUUCGGCACGCGUUCAACAUCCUGCAGAGUCUGCAGCUGCUCGGCCAAGCGCUGGCCGAGAUCAUCGGCUUCACGUUCUGCUAUCUUGCGCUGUGCAUCUUCUUUGCGCUGCUCGGCAUGGUUCUCUCCCAGGUCAAGACGCUGCACGGCAUUGCGUGGUUUGUCAACGUCAACCUGUGGAUCAACAUCAUUGUUAUGUGUCUCACCAUGAUCGGUAUCGGGCUUUACAAGCCUGUUCCCCAUCAGUCGGGACACGCAGACCUCAGCGAGCCGAAGAUUCUUAGCGGAUGGGUGCCCUCUUACACGAAGGGAUGGUACCAACAAGUUCUCGCUGUUUUCAGCUACGGCGGUGCGAUGAUCUUCCCCGAGUUUAUGGCAGAGAUGCGCCGCCCACGCGACUUCUGGAAGGCUGCGUUCUGCGCCCAGUUCUUCUGCUACGCUCUCUACAUGGCCUUCGGUAUCUACGUGUACAGUUGGCAAGGACAGUACACGAACAUCUUGCCAACGGUGAACAUGGACAGCAUCAUCUUCCAGGGCGUGACCAACAUCCUCGGCCUUAUCUGCAUCUCGCUGAUUGCUGUGCUGUACUCGCACAUCGGCUGCAAGGUGUUCUAUCGCAACGUGCUGCGAGGCUACUUCAAGGCCCCGAGCCUCACGAGCGUGCGGUCUGCGUGGAUCUGGUCUGCGACAGUCACUGCGUACUGGGCUGCGGCGUGGGCCAUUGGCUCUGCAAUCCCAAACAUCACCGACCUGAACACGAUCGUGGGCGCUUCGUGCAUCCUUCAGUUCACGUACACCUUCCCCUCUUUGCUGCUGCUGGGACACUGGGUGCAGCGCGACGCGAUGAAGGGAGACAGGCCCUGGGAGCCCGGCAUGGAGCCGUGGAGCAAUCGCGUUGGCUCGUGGAGGGACCUCUCAAGGUGGAAGAGAGGCUUCAAGCAGUAUUGGUACGCAAAGCUCGCCAUUGCGCUCCUCGUCUGCGCAGCUCUCACCCUGUGUGCUCUCGGUAUCUACUCGGGCGCCAUGAGUGCCAAGGACAGCUUCAGCAACGGGUUCACCAUUGCGUAUAGCUGUCGUGCACCGGGACAGCCGAAGGACUAA